CUCUGGCUGUGGGAUUAAUGGUGGUCUCUGACUGUCGAAUUACAAGAACCUAGGUGUUGUUACAACAAUUAAUCGAUGCUGGAUGUAGCUAAACAAGGAUAAGGAUCAACAGGGCUGCUUGUAAUUAUAAAUAGCGAGCGUCAACUGCACCGAAAGGAGUCAAAUAAGGUGUGUAUCGCGCAGUGAGAAGGAAAGUCAAAGGCCUGGCUUGGAUAUAAUAUUAAGAUAAAGCUGAGAAAGUGGAACAGAUUGUACAGACACAACAGCGUCGUUUCGACUGAUCGGAUUGCACCAAAGGACACGGCAAAACAGGAGCACCAUUGCAAAGACUACACGCAACGUUUAGCCUGUUUUGCUAGCUAGCUAGCUAGCUAGCCACCACAGGCUCGCUAACUCGCCCACCCGCCUGACUGACUUGUUCCUCCUGGAGAAAAAGUGCCCAGUGGGCUAUAACGCAUCUGGCAGGCUCUGAAUGACCGAGUUAUGCUUAUAAAUAGCGCCCGCACUAACCAUUUCAUUCCCUGUUAAUCACAAAUCACAUCGUAUGUUCAGUCGGAUUUACUGCUCGGUGAUAUAAAGAGCCACAUUGAAGGGUUUCUCUCUCCGUUCCUCCUCACCCGGCCUGCAGUCAUGGGCAACGCGCCCACCGCCAAGAACAAGGGCAGCGAGAUGGAGAGUGUGAAGGAGUUUCUCGCUAAAGCCAAAGAAGAUUUUCUUAAGAAAUGGGAGAACCCAGCACAAAACACUGCAUCCCUGGACCAGUUUGAGAGACUGAAGACACUGGGCACGGGCUCGUUUGGUCGAGUCAUGUUAGUAAAGCACAAAGAAACGGGUCAGCACUUUGCCAUGAAGAUACUCGACAAACAGAAGGUGGUCAAGCUGAAACAAAUAGAACACACACUGAAUGAGAAACGCAUCCUACAGGCAGUCAGCUUUCCCUUUCUUGUACGAUUGGAGCACUCCUUCAAGGACAACACUAACCUCUAUAUGAUAAUGGAGUAUGUUCCAGGAGGAGAGAUGUUCUCUCACUUGAGGAGAAUCGGCAGGUUCAGUGAGCCCCAUGCUCGCUUCUAUGCUGCCCAGAUAGUUCUGACCUUUGAAUAUCUUCACUCGCUGGACCUCAUUUACCGAGAUCUGAAGCCUGAAAAUCUUCUAAUUGAUCAGCAGGGCUAUAUACAGGUUACUGAUUUUGGCUUUGCUAAGCGUGUAAAAGGCCGGACCUGGACACUGUGUGGCACUCCUGAGUACCUGGCACCAGAAAUUAUCCUCAGUAAAGGCUAUAAUAAAGCCGUGGACUGGUGGGCUCUGGGGGUGCUGAUUUAUGAAAUGGCUGCCGGUUACCCCCCAUUCUUUGCUGACCAGCCUAUUCAGAUCUAUGAGAAGAUUGUCUCAGGCAAGGUGCGCUUCCCCUCCCACUUCAGCUCAGACCUGAAGGACCUGCUGAGGAAUUUGCUCCAGGUGGACCUAACCAAGCGCUUUGGUAACCUCAAGAAUGGCGUCAAUGACAUCAAGGGCCAUAAGUGGUUCGCCACCACCGACUGGAUUGCCAUCUAUCAAAGAAAGGUGGAGGCUCCAUUCAUCCCCAAAUGCAAGGGCCCCGGCGACACCAGCAACUUUGACGAUUACGAGGAAGAGGAAAUCCGGGUCUCCUUCACAGAAAAAUGCGCCAAGGAGUUUGCAGAGUUCUAGUCCCAGCCAGGAGCAGCGGAGGGAGAGAGCGACGGAGCGAUGUAGACGGUGGAGAGGGGGGCAGCAGAAAAGGAGAGAUAAUAGACUGGACUGGGCCUGUUUUCAGUAACAAUAAGAAAAACAACGCUGUAAAGCCCCCACACAGACAUGGCGAAAUUGGGGGGGGAGGGGAUUAAAAAGUCCCUCGAAAACCAGCAGUGUUGCCUUUCAAGAUCGCUUAUCACUUAUUGAUGUUAUUAUACUUAUUCAUUUUCAUCUUCUCUUUUCUGAUGUGUAGCAAGGGUCCUCUAGGUUGAGGUGCAGUUGUCUUGCUGUAUUUGGUUGACAAAAGGCACUAAGCUUAUUCUCUGGUACUGACUGGUUGGUCCAGGGGCGAGUCACUCCUGGAUAGCAACUUUUUAAAUGGGCACGGGCAUUUCAGCCUUGUUCUCUUAUUCUUUGUUUUGUUCUGUAUCGGGUUUUUUUUCAUCUUUUGUUUUACCCUUCCUUUGUGCAUCAAUCUGUCCAAGCAAUAGCGUCAGACUAACCUGCCUGCUUUGGUGGUGAACAGGUGGAGGAUGUGAGAUUUUUUUUGUUUGACGAAACCAUCCCAUUAGCACUACUUUCCAUUCUUUACCUCACUUUUAUGAGCACAGCCUACUUGUCAUUUGGUUCUGUUUUCAAACCUGGUUCAGGCCAUGCUGAAGGUAACUAAUCGGCCAUUCAGUCUUAUUGUCCCUCACUUUUCUCGUAGGUCUCACCUCUGUCAAAGCCAAGUUUUAGGUUCUUACCAUCGAAGCUUCUAAGCGGUGGGUUUCACAGCAGCUCCAGUUGUGGAAGCUGAUUCGUUUUGUCACUUCACUCCUAAUUAGCAGUCUGACAAAGUGUGUGCGCUUUUUUUAACAGAUCUAAAAUCUUUUGUCUUUCCACUUGUGAAUCUGACACUAAAAAGAAAAUGUGAAGUGGUUUGUUUAAGCACAAAGCACUUGUUAGUUAGCAGGUUAUUACUGUAGCAAAAUUUUUUUAGAGAGAUAAAGAAAAGGUGCGUUAUAUUAUUCUGCUGUAAAACUUAAGAGCAGGACUUUGUUCGUGUGGGCAGGGUUACAGGUUUCUGCCCGACACGACCCUACAGGUUUUACAUUUGCAUUCACAGAGCCGUGCUUACAUAAAUCCUGAGAUUUUUUAAAAUUCCAUCUUUAAAUGCCUGUUUUUGGUAAGCAACCCUCUUAAUGAAAUGCAGGCAUUUUUCUUUCCUCUUCUAUUUUUUUCCUUUUUUUAAUCACUAGUCCUUUCUGCUCUUUUUGUUUAUUCACUUUUGCUUACUGUUUGUUUGUGAAUUGCUGGACAAAGAUGGUGGGGCUUUAUUUGUGUAUAAUGAAUUAUUAACGAGCUGCUCCACCCUUGAGUUAAAUAUAACACUUAUAACAGAAUUGUUUUUGGCCUGAAAGAUAUAAGAACAGAAAAAUAUAUUCUUGCUCUUUAACAAUGUAGAUGCAAGACAAUCUAAAAUCUAAUAUCUCAGUGAUUUUCUUAGUGCCCCACCGUGUGCAAUAAUUGCAACACUGGUAACUGAGUCUAUUUUAAUCAGUCUUUCUUCUAUUUAUUCGACCUGUUUUGAUGCCCUCAUUGCUUUCGGAUGGCCGUACAAGUCAGUGUUUACUACUGAAAAAUUUUGCAUUUUUGUGAUGGAAUUGAGGAGUGUGAACAUUUUAACAAAAUGUCUAGUGUAGUUAAAUUUACUUAAUGUUAAAAAAUAUAUAUAUAACAAUAACAAAUUAGUACCAGUUCAACAAUGGGUCCUUGGUGCUAAGAACUGUCUCGAGACAAGGAUUGAGAAAUGCUUUGUAGCGUUUUUCUUUCUCAGCAUUUCCCCUUGAGGAGAAUUAUUGAUAUCUGCUGCAUUCAUAGCCGUACUAUUUACGAUGCUUGUUGGGGUUGUUUAAGUACCUUAUUGGGAAGAAUGUUACAGGUUUUAGGAUCCUUAAAAAUGAAACGCUUCAGCUUAUUUUACUUUAUUUGCUUUGCUUUUGAACCAUGAUACAUGAAUCACCAUAUAAUUUGCUUAUUAUUGCUUAUAAUUUGCGUUACUGCUGUAAAGUGGUUGCCUAGGGAGAAAAUUAAUCAAUUUCUCGGCUUUCUACGCUCAUGCUAGAAAUACUUUUUAUCUCUAUUUAACUCAAAGACUUGGGCUUAGCUAAAGAGGUAAUAUGAGCGGAAAUUAUAUUACGACUUAGUACAUAUUCGUAGUACAUGUCAAGGACGCACCAAGGCAGUUCACAUAAGCACCCAUGCCCAGGACCCAUACUUAUAAAUCAUAUGAAACUAUCAUAUUCCAGUGAUUACAGUGGUAAGAAAAGGGAGCUAAGGGAUUUACCUGGCAAUCUUAUACAAAUAAUAUGACCGUGGCUGCUCGUUGGGAGAGUUUUAGUGGGUUGUUCGUGGCAACAUCUAAUUGUUUUCCAACAACCAAAGAUUUAUGGAAAAUGCUCAGAUUCACCACUCUGACCUCUUCUGACCGAGUAUAUAAGUGAUUAUUUUGCAUCAUUUGGCUAGUGUGGUCAACCUCUCCAUGUCCUCUUGGUUUUCUGGGCCCAGUUCCUCUCUCGAAAACACAUUUAGUGUCACUCCGUCUUCUUCUCACCCCCCUCAGUACGCCAUCAAUCAGCUACUUGUGCAUCCAGUCCACGCUGCAGUUUAUCUUUGUACACAUCCAGUUUCCUACACUCUUCUAUUUGCUUUUUAAAUCACAAAAAAGAUUGAUUUACUUUUUUCAUAUUUUCUAAGUGUAUUUUUCAGUAAGAAACUCUUUCUUCCCGACACAGGUAUGGUAAUGGUGUAGUCUAAUUGUACCUUUUUCGGGAAACAAUACUGUAUAUUCUCUGCCUUUAACAGUCUUAAUUAUUUUACCUUCUGGAGAACUUGACGGCUACCCCGUAAGACACAUGGAGUAUGUUUAAAAAAAAAAAGAAAAAAAAAAGAAUACACAAAAUAUUUUGCAACAUGUAUCAUUCCAAUAAAGUUUUAAUUGUUAAAAUGAUAAA